CAUUCUCUAGUGGAGGAGAUCCAAAGAUACCUGAGUUCAGGAUGUCUCUCCAGAGAAGAACUGUCACCUGCACAGUGGUCAGCUCUGGCCUUUGUGAUACUGACUUCAGAAGAGGAGAUUGAUGUGUUGGACCUGAAGAAAUACUCUACAUCAGAGGAAGGUCUUCUGGGGUUGUUGCCAGUGAUCAAAACCUGCAGAUCUGCUCUACUGUCAGGUUGUAGAAUCACGAAGAAAGGCUGUGCUUCUCUGGUCUCAGCUCUGAAGUCAAACCCCUCACACCUGAAAGAACUGGAUCUGAGCUACAAUCAGCCAGACAAUUCAGGAGUGAAGGAAAUCUCUGCUUUGCUGAAGGAUCCACAAUGUAGACUGGAGACUCUCAAACUGUCAAGUUGUGGAAUCACAGAGGAAGGCUGUGCAUCUCUGCUCUCAGCUCUGAAGUCAAACCCCUCACACCUAAAAGAACUGGAUCUAAACUGCAAUCUGCCAGAAGAUUCAGGAGUGAAAGAGCUCUCUGCUUUGUUGAUGGAUCCACAAUGUAGACUAGAGACUUUGAGACUGGCAGGUUGUGGAAUCACAGAGGAAGGCUGUGCUUCUCUGGUCUCAGCUCUGAAGUCAAACCCCUCAACUCUGAAAGAACUGGAGCUGAGCUACAAUCAGCCAGACAAUUCAGGAAUGAAGGAACUCUCUGCUUUGUUGAAGGAUCCACAAUGUAGACUGGAGAUUCUGAGACUGUCAGGUUGUGGAAUCACAAAGAAAGGCUGUGCUUCUCUGGUCUCAGCUCUGAAGUCCAACCCCUCACACCUGAAAGAAUUGGAUCUUGGCUACAAUCAGCCAGAGGAUUCAGGAGUGAAGGACCUUUCUGCUGUGCUGAAGGAUCCUCAAUGUAGACUGGAGACUCUGAGACUGUCAGGUUGUAGAAUCACAGAGGAAGGCUGUGCUUCUCUGGUCACAGCUCUGAAGUCAAACCCCUCACACCUGAAAGAACUGGAUCUGGGUAACAACGAUCUGAAGGGUUCAGGAUUCAAGCAUCUCUCUGCUAUGCUGAAGGAUCCACAAUGUAGACUGGAGAAUCUGAGUAUGGAUCAUGGUGGAGAGUGGAGGUUGAAAUCAGGACCCCAAAAAUGUAAGUGAUUUAUUAUACAUUUACAGCUGGUGUGUGUUCACAAUUUACAGUUAGGUUA